CCAAAGUUUAGUCCGACGUGUUUUGUUAUGGAGGCGAAGGCAGUCAUCUGUCUGCUCUGUGUCUGUGUUCGGAUCAUCUCCAGCGAUCACGAGAGUCUGGAGAAGACCGCAGCGGUUGUUGAAACGGAUUCUUCAGAAGUCGACUUCAAGCGUCUCGAGAAUGAAUAUGCAGUGGGUAACGUAUCGGAGAGGAUUCAAGUCUCCGAUUCGAACUCAUCGAGGUCGGAAACCCCCGUAGAAAUAUCCACGGAUACGUCACUGACGCCGAAAACGGACGGUGCGAAGGAAUUCAAGCCGAGCGUACAUCUCGGAGAGAUCGAGGAAUUCGAAUCAGGGAACUCGAGUCCCUUCAACAAGCCGAAUCACUUGAAAUUUGAAAACUUUUUAUCGGUCCAAUCGGAGACUCAGGAUUGGCAAAAAAAUCCGUCGAGAAAAAACGAGACGAACAAUUUGAGCCAGAAUUAUUACAACUAUAACGAAAACUCUCCGCCCUCGGAACCGGGCUUCUUUCCGUCUGCGAUCGCCGGUCAAAAUCAAUAUUUUCGACCACCUAUCGUCACCGGCGGGGCUUCUUUCGGCCAUUCGAACCCGUCGUAUCAGGCCAAAAAUAUUCCGAAAUUAUUUCAAAGUUCGCCGCUGCUAUCACCGCCGUUUCAGAGGCCUGAUUAUUCCCUGAAUUCCCCCGAUAAAACCUCGUGGUUCGAAAAUCCGCCGUCCCGCGAUAUUUCACAACAGUUCGAAUAUCCGUCGUCUUUGUACCGUGACGAGGUGAAUUUCGUGACGCCCUUUGACGGGGGUAAAAAUUUCGAAUAUGAAAAACCACCGCCAAGUUUCGACGCUGGUGAGUUUCCGGUUGUGAAAAGCCAUAGAUUUCCAUAUAAGUUUUAUCAGGAAGCUUCACACUUUUCGAACAGCAACUUUGAAUACCUUCCGGAUGAUCCAGUUGUUCACACUUUACCCAGGGAACGAAGAGUGUCACCAUGGAAGAAAAUCGUGCAUCUAAUAGGCACGAUUUUACCGUUUGGUCUUCUUCUCGCAACGCUGUCACCGAAUAUUGUUCAGAUUGGCAAUUCCACAGAAUCGUCUAUACCUCUGUCAAAAUUGAAAGACAUCAAUUUACCACCAGAGCACAAGAGCUUGCGAAUGGAAGAACUGAUUUCCUGUGAGGAUAAAAAUAUCUGCGAAAUGAUAUUGGCCGGAAGUAAACCGAAGUCUAACAUGUUGCAAAAUAUUUUAUGGAACUUCGUGAUGAGGACGUCUGAAGAAACAGCAAAGCAUAACGGACUGCGUGAAUUGUUCCAGUCAGUUAAGAAGAGGGAUUGUAAUUUGAUAACUUGUUAAACUCGUCGGUGGCAGGCCUGGAAUCUCGGAAUGAAUCAAGUGGCCGACAACGAUUAGAAUUAGAAGCAACUAGAAAAACGGGGAGGGGUAAUACUAUUAUAUUUUUUUCAAAAUAAACCUCAUAUAAGUAUAAUAUUAA